AUGGCUUCGCCUCGUCUCUGUCUGGAUGCCGCGGAGCUUGAACAGCAAAGAGACUCAACCAUUCUCCAGCGAUCACUCAGCUUAAAUUCUACCAUAUCGACCACCUCCUCCUUCAGCCGCCUUUUCGAAAAUGCUCGUUCUCGACCCGACCUCCAAGAAAUCAACGAAAUCGGCAGUGGCCUACAAGGAGCCGUCUUCGAAGUGGUUGGGCAGCUGGCCGUUAUCAAGAAAGAACGACCAGGCAAUGAAACCCGACACUCAAAUCUCCGGCGCGAGUACAGAAGUCACUGCGCUGUUUCGGCCGCAUUCGAACGCUACCAGAGCGCAACUCACAACCUAGUCCAUGUUCCUAAACCCCACAAAUUUAUUUCCACAGCAGAUAACGACGACUUCUGGGACGAAGUCUUUCCGAAGAUCCCCCAGGCUUACCGCACGCGCGGGAACGUCAUCACCAUGGACCGGAUUCUUCCACUGCCGAAGGUCGUACGAAAAGCGCUCCUCACUUAUUUCUGUCGUCGCGAAUGGGAUCUUGAAAUGGAUGACAUCGAGACCCUUCUCAAUAACCCCAGCAACAAGCACUGCCUCGCCCGAGUCUACUUGGGCAAGACUAAUGGUUCAAUCAAUCGGGACAACCCAGCCCCGUUGAGGAAUUUCAGUCUGCACCUCGGUUUCAUGAAGGAACUUGGCAUCGAGAGCCUCAUGCUUGCUACAGAAAUGGGCAAAGCAUAUGCAACCAUGCACUGGGGCGCCGCCAUCAACGGCGAUGAUGUGGAGUUUGUGCUUGGUACAUCAACCUCUGAAGUACCGAGAGCUCUUGUUGAACCGCCGGAUUUGCAGCACCGCGCCGUUGGACUCUAUCUUUUGGAUUUCGGCCAAUGCGAGUUUGUUGACUUGUCCCAGGAUUGUGAUAUUGUCUACCAGGCCUUUAAAGGGGCUAUGGUAACGGGUGAUAACCAGUCUUUUAUCCCUCAUUCUUCGACUAGCCCGGAAUUGUUCGCCGCGUUUAAGAAGGGGUACAUUGAAGCUGGUACUGUCAUCCUAAGGGACAAGCGGCUCAGCGACAAGUUUAGCAUGGAAGACUUCAUGCAAGAGUAUGAGGAAUAUGCUGAGGAUCUCGUGUACUAG